GGCUGCCACCGGUCCUAGUUUGACAGUUAAAUGGAAUGCCAACGAGCAGCCUUAAUUGUGGGACUGAAAUUGUGUGUGUUGGUGGGGCGGGGGUUCAGACCCUCUGAGGUUCAGUUAUGUCCCCUAGUUUUAUGGCCGCGCUCACCGCGGUUCUCUGAAGACAGGGCAUUUAAAUCGGGCCAGACGCCUGGUCGCAGCCAGGCCUCUGCUGUUAACACUUAAGGGGCCUAGCAGAGGCCCCACUGGUGUCCUGGGAAUCCCUGUCAGUGAGUGAGUGUGAGUGAGUGUGUGUGUGCGUGUGCGUGCAGGGGAAGACGUGUGUUCCUGCAGCUUGGGCCGACACAGCACAGCUAGCAGCAGUUUUUUAAGAAAUAUAUUCUCAUGAAAGUGAUAAAGAUUUUGGCUUUACGAAAAGUGAAUUGAAAAACAGCAUUUGGCAGAUUACCUUCUCCCUUUCUUUCUGGUGCCUUUUCAUUCCCGGUUUACCGUUUUAAUUUGCAGAGUUCGGGGAACCUUUUCAUACUCUCCCUUAGAUGCUUUGCUUGCAUAUACGUGCUUAUGUGUUAAAACUUUCGUUCAGUGGUAAAUAUACUGGCUCCUCUGGUGUCCCUCCCAGAUCCCUUGAUAGGUAUUAUGAAAACCUCAUUCACCGUGUGAUAUGUCAGAAUAGCAUUUUCAUGUGUCUCAUAAAACAACACGACUUCACAAACACGACCAGUUGUCCAGGACUGGAUUUUUGCUUUCUUUGGGUGUGGAAAGAUAACCACCUCGUUUGCUCUGAUAAAUCUUGAUAAAUAGCUUUAUCCGUUCUGGCAGACCUAAAAGAAUAAGGUGUGAGUCAUCAUUCACUUUCUCAUUGGAUAGGCUUGCUAACUUUAAUUUCACCAAGAAAGCACAAGGAUCUCAACUCAGCUGUCGGUUUGAACGUGUUGGUGUCACAGUUCAACACGGAGGAAAGGUGGUGAGCUCUUCCCUGAGUGCAAACACGGCUUAUGCUUCGGGAACUCAUAAUUAUGUUCAGACAUCUGCAUAAUUUAAUUUGGAAAAUCAUCUGUACCCAUAAAUGCUGUUGCCCUCAGAGCAGUAAGAAUUUAGUUACCCGCCCCUGUUCCAGUCCGAAAGUGGUUAGCGGGGAGGGGUUCUGUGGCUCUUGAUAUUCGUUAGGCUGUCUGCUCUCAUUAUAAUUCGUAUUAGAAGAAAUAUUAACCCACAUGAAAUAAUUCCUAUUGGAAGUGUAAGGUUUGCAUGGGGCGUGAUUUUUAGUCAUUGGUUCCUUUUUACAUCUCUGUCCUGAAGCAGUUAGGCCUGUGUCCCAGUCCCAUAUUCUGUAUUUCAGAAUCAUCACCUUGGGAAGAAGGAAGAUCCACCCCACUGGGUCAGAAAAGUCAUACAAGUUUCCGUGUGGAACAAAUAAUGAUUGUCCUUUCAGCAUCCCCUUAUCAUUUAUGAAUGCCUAGGGAUAAGUGUAAACAUUUUAAAAGUUCGGUUUGCCGGUAAAACUAAACCACAGGGGUGAGGGGCAGAAGUGUCUUAGCCUGUGUAUAUGGCUUUAGAAGUUAUUUUGACAGUGGCCGCUAAAAGAGUCCCCCUGUAGGUUCCACAGGGUAAAUUACUUGCAAGGGGAACGUGCUUUACCCCAGGUUGAAUUUUCAUUUCUACAGAUGUCAUUUAGAGUGAGUUGCUUUUGUCAGAAACAGCCCUGUUUAAAAAGAACUAAAACUAAGUACCCCAGGUAAGAUAUAAUCUCAGUGCUGAGCCACCCAUGUUUUUUCCUUUGUAUAUCUAAGAUCAAGAUUUAGAGAGCCUGUAAUCUUUUUUUAAUUAUCUUACUCCGAAUAUCUUCCUGCAGAUUUUUAAAAUUACCUGUUUUUUUUUUAUGACUUAUCUGAGAGAUGUUAAAAAAUAACUCGGUUCGGUGCAGAAGAGACAUCUGGAAAGUUUUGUAAGUUUUUUUUUUUUUUCUUUUAAAUUGGUUUCCACCUGAAAACGUUAUUUCCUCUUACCUUGUCAUUCUUUGAAGCUCUUUUUCUUAAUUCUGGGAAUGCUAGGUGUCCAGGGCAGCUCACUUUCGCUGCAUGGACACAUGUCUACUUUAUCCCGGAAAGAGUGGACAGAACAAAGAGCUGUCGGAUCUGGGGCCCUUCCCAAACUUCGUGUAGUUGAAGCGGGCCAGAGGGCUCUCGCCAAUCUCCUCCGUGCUCUGGUUCAUUUUUAUAAACCAGCCUAACACAUCAUAGAAGUUUGCCUUGAGGGAUGAUAAUUUCACUCACCUAAUGUGGAGGGAACUGGUUGUCUCAGUUCAGGAAACGCUUUAAUUCAGACUACUAACUUUUUCUUGUAUAUGGUUGUAUUUGCCUGUUUUGUCCUACAUAUUACUGUAUGAUCUUUCCACACACUCAAACAAACAUCACAAUUAUCUUCCAGCCCUCCACCAGCUUCCAGAAGCCUUGUCCCAGUUCUGUACCCUCUGACUGUUCUUUGCGAAGUCGAGCUGGAUGGCUAGCUGCCCCCGUGAAAACGUGUGCUCCCUUAGGGCAGAUGCUGAGCUCCUCGUCUUUGUGUCCCGAGGCCCCUACAAUUACCAGUACAUAGUGGAUGCUUUAAAAACAAAUAAAAACUCAGCGACAACAAAAGCCGCCUCGGGUCCAGUGCCACCUGCUGCCUCCCCUGCAAGGCCCUCGUGGCCUUUCUCCUCUCUUCUUCCCCGUUGUCCUUGUUGCCCAUCUCACAAAUGGGGCUACUAUGUUCAGAAUCCUAGCUGUACCUCUGUGGAUUUGCAAAUGGAAGGAAGACUUAAAAAUUGAAAGAAGUCGCAGAAAAACGAGAGGACAGGAGCCUUCCUUAGGGUGUGGCCUCAGAGUUGCCUCGUGGUCGCAAAAUGGCCUCUCCAGUCCAGCCAUCAUAUUCUCGUUCCAAGAAGGAAGAAGGAGGACAAGUAAAGAAGUCUCUGCUGAGUCAGCUCCCAUUUACAAGGAGCUUUCUGUAAAGCUCCGCCUAGCAACUUCCACGUGCUUACCACUGGCCAAUGCUUAGUCACCUGGCCACCCACAGAGUCUCAGAAAGGAAGAUCCGGCAAAAGGCUUUUGGGCUAUCGGCUGCACCCUGAACUGUAGCUGCCAGGGGUUCACACCCGGGAAGAUCCACCACCGCCGGUGUGAGCAGUGCAGACACGGAUGGGUGGCCCACGCUCUGAGCAAGCUGAGGGUCCCCCCUGUGUACCCUACAAGCCAGGUGGAGAUUGUCCAGUCCAAUGUGGUGUUCGAUAUCAGCAGCCUCAUGCUCUACGGGACCCAGGCCAUCCCUGUGCGCCUGAAAAUCCUACUGGACCGGCUCUUCAGCGUGCUGAAACAAGACGAGGUGCUCCAGAUCCUGCACGCCUUGGACUGGACCCUCCAGGAUUAUAUCCGGGGAUACGUGCUGCAGGACGCGUCAGGAAAGGUGCUGGAUCGCUGGAACAUCAUGACCGGCGAGGAAGAGCUGGCCGCCCUGCAGCAGUUCCUUCGAUUUGGGGAGACCAAGGCCAUUGUGGAGCUCAUGGCCAUCCAGGAGAAGGAGGAGCAGUCCAUCGUCAUGCCGCCGGCCGCGGCGAACGUGGACAUCAGGGCGUUCAUCGAGAGCUGCAGCCACAGGAGCACCGGCCUCCCCGCCCCCGCGGACAGGGGGACCCCCAGCAGCCUGCACCCCUUUGAGAACAUCGUAAACAACAUGACAUUCAUGCUGCCCUUCCAGUUCUUCAACCCUGUGCCCCCCACGCUGAUAGGGUCGCUGCCCGAGCAGUAUGUGCUGGAGCCGGGUCAGGACCAGAGUCAGGAGCCCAAGCAGGAGACGCAUGGACCCUUCCCCGGCGGCGGUGGCGGCGGCUUCUUGACCUCCGCUCCUGCCUCAUUUCAGGUCGAGAAAGAGCCGUGUCUCAACUGCCCGGACACGGUUCCCAAAAAGGAAGACGGCGCCCAUUUAAGCGACUUGGGUUCCUACCACCUUGUCCCGAAGCUUGAAAGGACCCAGUUGUCCCCCGAGGCCAAAGGGAAGCCGGAGAGGCACAGCCUGGGUGCGAAGAAGGGCCGCGUGUUCUGCACAGCUUGCGAGAAGACCUUCUACGACAAAGGCACGCUCAAGAUCCACUACAACGCCGUGCACCUGAAGAUCAAGCACAAGUGCACCAUCGAGGGCUGCAACAUGGUCUUCAGCUCCCUGCGGAGCCGGAACCGCCACAGCGCCAACCCCAACCCCCGGCUGCACAUGCCCAUGAACAGGAACAACAGGGACCGGGACCUGAGGACCAGCCUGCACCUGGCCGCCUCGGACAGCUACGAGCGCGUGGGCUUCCCCGCGACGUCCCCGGACCGCAGGCCCCCGCCCUGCUACGCGGCCUCCGGGGAGGACCCCAGGGGCCAGCCGGCUUUCCCGAGCCUGGGCCCGGACGGGGUGCUCUUCCCCAACCUGAAGACGGUCCAGCCGGUCCUGCCCUUCUACCGCAGCCCGGCCACCCCGGCCGAGCUGGCCAACACCCCCGGCGUGCUGCCCUCCCUCCCGCUCCUGUCCUCUUCCAUCCCGGAGCCGCUGGCGCCGCGCGAAGGCCCGCUGGACGCCCUGCCGGACGCCCUGCCCAAGAAGAAAUCCCGCAAGUCCAGCAUGCCCAUCAAAAUAGAGAAGGAGGCCGUGGGGGCGGCUAACGACAAGCGGCUGGCUCUCAGCUCCGAUGAAGACGCGCCCCUGCGGGUGGCCAGCGAGGAGGAGCCCGAGGCCGGCAGCCUCCGGGCGUCGGAGAGAGCACCUGAGGAGCCGUGCGCACCCUCUGGGGGCUUGGGGGGGCCCCUCCCGGGAGGAGAGAGGGUCUGCCAUGGGGACUCAGGGCUGGAGUCCGGCGGGGCUAUCCGCAGGAGCCCCGAGUGGGCCGCACGGCCGCCAGAGAGGGAGGCGGAACAGAAGCCAGCCCUGUCCGCCGUGCCAAGGGAGCCGCAGGACAGUGGCCGUGAACCUCACCUCGCAGCCGGGACCGAGCCCUGCGUCCCCUUCCCUGACUACAUCAGACUGCAGCAGCGCCUGCUGGCCGGCGGGCUCCUCGGCGCCCUGUCUGGCCGAGGAGUGGCUUUUCCUUGUUUCGAAGACGCCAAGGAGCCGGAGCCCACGGGUGCGCGUGUGUCCGGGCGGCAGAAGGAAGAAGCUCGCUUCCAGUGUGACGUGUGCAAGAAGGCCUUCAAAAACGCGUGUGGCGUGAAAAUGCACCACAAGAACAUGCACGCCAGAGGGACGCACAUGUGCACCGUGGAGGGCUGCGAAGCCAUGUUCCCCUCGCGCAGGAGCAGAGACAGACACAGUUCAAACCUAAACCUCCACCAAAAAGUGUUGACCCAGGACGCACUGGGGAGCCCUGACGACCAUUUCCGCGCGGCUUACCUUCUGAAGGACGUGGCGAAGGAGACCUUCCAGGACGUGGCUUUCGCGCAGCAAGCUUCCCAGACAUCUGUCAUCUUCAAGGGAGCGAGUCGGGUGGGCAGCCUGGUCUACCCGAUCGCCCAGGUCCCCAGCGCCGGCCUGGAGAGCUACAACUCCGGUCCGCCGAGCGACGGCACCGUCUUGGAUUUGAGCACUACCUCGAGCAUGAAGUCGGAGAGCAGCAGCCAUUGCUCUUGGGACUCCGACGGGGCCAGCGAGGAAGGCACUGUGCUCAUGGAGGACAGCGAUGGGACCUGUGACGGGCCGAGCCUUGUCCCCGGGGACGACGAGUACCCCAUCUGCGUCCUGAUGGAGAAGGCCGACCAGAGCCUCGCCAGCCUGCCUUCUGGGCUGCCCAUCACGUGUCACCUCUGCCAAAAGACGUACAGUAAUAAAGGGACCUUCAGGGCUCACUACAAGACUGUGCACCUCCGUCAGCUCCACAAAUGCAAGGUUCCGGGCUGCAACACCAUGUUCUCCUCUGUCCGCAGCCGCAACAGGCACAGCCAGAACCCCAACCUGCAUAAAAGCCUGGCCUCGUCCCCGAGUCACCUCCAGUAACAGGAUGGUGGCCGAGAGGGCGAGGGGAGCUGUUGGCCCUCAUUCAGGAACAAGGUGGUCCAGAGAAAGGUCUCUCAUUUCGUUGAAUACCAUUUGAGGCGAGCCGGGCAGAAGGCCUUAGAGCUGACUUUCUUGUAGGAAGUCUGCUGGGGGGCGGGGGGCAGCCCUUCCUGUUAUUUUUCACAGCCCCAGGGGCUUGUCCCUGACAUAACAAACACUGGCAGAAACACGGCUUUUCCCCACAUUUGUUUACACGUUCCCGGGGAGAGCGGCAGGUCUGUGAACCGACAAGGGGGCCCAGAACCUUGGGGGAGCUCGAAGUGAAAUAUCAGCUGAGUGUCCCGGGGAAGCAGGUAGCCGCCACCGGUCAGGAGCCAGGCUCCAAGAUGACAUGGUUGGUUUUUUUUUGUUUUUUUUUUUGUUUUUUUUUUUCAGUUCCUGCUUUUACUGAGUCUGAAAUCCAGACUUAGGGGUGGCGAAGUGGCUUUUUGAGACUCUGCCUCCGUUGGGAGAGGAGGGUUGCUUUUGUUUUUGUGUUUUCCCCUUCAGGGGUCUCAUGGACCUCCAGGGAGUCCCCAGAGGAAGGAGGUGGGUUUCCAGCACACAGGAACAAGGAGGUGACAAGGAUGUCUGUGCUCGCUGUCUAGCAAGCGUUCAGGAAGCUGAGCGGGGGGGGGGGGGGGGGCAGAUUUAAUGCACUUAAACAUAGUGGUCCUCAAUUUAAUUUAAAAUAAUUUUGGUAAUAUUUAAUUUUUGUUUGUUACGUGAGUCAUUGGGGUGAGUGCAGACGUGUCACAGCGUGACCUCUGGGUCUCUGCUCGAGGGCAGAGCGAGGCUGCCCGAUUCCAUUCAGUGAACCUGGCCACUUCAGUCCCCCGUGGAGGGCGUGCAGGACCGUCUGUAAAUACUCGGCCAAAGCGUUUAGAGAAUGUGGUUCUGAUCUUGAGAAUCGCUGGGUCCCUCAGCCCUCAUCCUUUUAUAAAUGUGUAAGGUUAGGAGGAACUCUCCAGUGUACACGGUAGAGGAGAAGUAGCAUGUGACUGCUAUACUGUACGUCUUAAUAUUUAACUUAUUCUGAAAUCUACUCCACACGUUACACACAUCUGCUGUUGUGAAAGGGAGAUUCCGUGGGUCCGGUAAAAAGACCGUCCCUCGAAAUUCGGCAUCUGCUGUACCCGGAAAGCCUGUGGCAGGGAGAGAGAAACUGACGUCGCGUUGAGGCUGAAGGCAACCCGUCUUUUAUAAACUUGACAGUGGCUUUAAGUCAUGAAAGACACCCUCUCCGAGAACUGGGGGGCCGUGAGAGAGAUCCUUCCUCCGGCCCAAUGGUGAGGAAAGCCGACAGCCCAUUAUGGAUCGUUUCAGCGUUUUUUACAAAUAAAUGUGACGACACUUGGUCUCUGUAUGUUUCCACUGUUCCUUACUCAGUUCAUUCCUCCAGUUUCCCCCAAGCGGAACAGUUUGUAUACAAAUGAGUUUUCUAUGAUUUAAUAAAAAUGUAUGCCACACGUUUUUGUUCAAAAA